GGUAGCAUUAUAGCAGACUACACGAUUACUGCAAACAGCACCAAUCUGGAUGUUACAGCCGCAAACACACACGUUAAUGACACUCUAGCAGCUGUAGGAAUCCCUUUAGCUCAGGAUGCUUUUGCUGAAACUGUGGAAACAAUUUUGACAUCCAAAGAUAAAUUGUAUCCCCUGCAAGAUGUGGAACUGAUGUGUACACGUCCUGAUUCUGUUGUGGGAACAAUAAAAUGGAGUGUGAAUGACAAAGAUCUUGCAGGAAACAGUGCAAAAUACACCAUUACAAAUGAUGACAUCGGUAGCACUCUUAUUGUAAAAGCUGUAAGUGAAAGUGACAAUGGUAGAUACUCUUGUAUAAUAGAAAGGUCCGCAUUACCUUACAUUCAGUGGCAAACAGUAUCUAUUGAACCACUUCCUAAUAUUAUGUUGGACAAAACUUAUAUACAGCUUCAGUGUCAAGGCCAGACUGUCGAACUUACAUGCUGUGCAAAUGGUUACCCGGUUGAGUGGUCUGGGAUUCCUGAUGAUGAUGAAGUGAUAAAUUCAGCAUCAGGAUUUGGCUGUUUUACAUUACAACAUAAAAUCUUAACCACAAAUUGUGGGUCUAAAGAAAUCUUCACAUGCCGACUAAAGGACAUGCCAGAAUUACAAACAUUUUAUUAUAGCAGAAAGACAGUCCAAGUUCAGACAGUCAGAGAGUAUGACUGUAUAAAUGACAUGCUUGGAGUUGGAAAAAUAGGUGACAGUGUAACAGGAUUGUGUGAAAAAGGCCUGGAAGGUCUCAUAAUUUAUGAAUGUAAACAGACAGCAGAUCUCAAAGGUGUCUGGACAGUAGUACAGAGAAAUUCUGUUGUUCAAGCUAUCAAAGACCUUGAGAGGAGAUCUGAGGUUUUAGUUGUGGAGGAUAUUCCAGUGUUUAUGACAGAUCUCAGUAACACUGCAGUGCAGAGUAAUACUGUGAUAACACAAUCUGCUGACACUGUCCAAACCAUUGUUGACAUACUUAACACAAUCGCUAGUAUCUCACAAACUAUUACCGUCAGUCAACCUGUGAUGGUGGAUUUUCUUAAAACAGUGAACAUUAUUUUAUCAGAUGCAUCUAAGAACACAUGGACAGAAUUGAACAAUGACAACAAAACAGAAAAUAAGGGCACUGAACUUCUUAAAGCUAUUGAGACUAUAAGUGAUCGUCUCUCUAAUGACGAUUAUAUGAUUAAUGAAACCUCCAUUCAGUUACAUAGAGCACUAAUUACAAACUCAUUCACUGUAACAUCUUCACUGCCAAACUCAACUACUCAGAUUGUGAUACCAAAUGUUCUUAAACCGACCCUCAUAACCAUUAUUAUCUUCACAAAACUUGACAAUGUUUUACCAACUCGAAAUACUUCUAAUAAUGACAAGAAGACAUCAGAAAACCACAUCAAUGGAGACGUGGUUGUUGUUAGGGUUAAUGAAGCAAUUAACAACAUUUCAUUUACUUUCAAUACAACAAAUACAUCAUUGAAAAAUCCUCAGUGUGUCUUUUGGAACUUUUCUCUGGAUCGAUGGGAUUCCUCUGGAUGUAAAGUCAAGCGCUUAGAGAAUAACAUGGUUACAUGUGAAUGCGACCACACAACCUCUUUUUCAAUCCUGAUGUCACCAUUUGCAAUUGAUAACCCUGCCUUAGCCUAUAUAACAUACAUUGGUGUAGCUAUUUCAAUAGCCAGCUUGAUUCUGUGCCUCAUCAUUGAGAUGAUUGUGUGGAAGUCAGCAACAAGAAAUGACACGUCGUACAUGCGUCACGUCUCAAUAGUCAAUAUUGCUGUGUCAUUGCUGAUCGCAGACAUCUGUUUUAUCAUCGGAGCUGCAAUUGCAGAACAAGAGCAGCCAACCUCAGUGGAUCGCUGCAGUCCAGUAGUUUUCUUCAUGCACUUUUUUUACCUGGCUGUUUUCUUCUGGAUGUUCAUUUUAGCACUUUUGCUGCUUUACCGCACCGUCAUAGUUUUGUCUCAAUUGUCCAGAGCUAAAAUGGUGGCCAUUGCCUUCACUGUUGGUUAUUGUGCACCUUUGCUUAUAGCGGUUAUUACUGUCGCAUCCACAGCUGGACAUCAACACUAUGUCACAAAAGAAAAUGCAUGUUGGCUGAACUGGUCUGAAUCUAAGGCUCUGCUGGCAUUUGUGAUUCCAGCUCUGACUAUCGUUGCCUUUAACCUCCUGGUUUUCAUUGUGGUUGUGAGGUGGAUAAGAGGGAUUGGUGCUACAACUCAAUCAGAUGAGAAACACACUCUUGUGGUCAUUGUCCAAUGUGUGGCCAUUCUUACUCCUAUCUUUGGUCUAACAUGGGGAUUUGGCAUUGGAAGCAUGGUGUCCCAUGACUUUAGCAUUCAUGUGAUGUUUGCAAUCUUCAAUUCACUGCAGGGAUUUUUUGUUUUGGUGUUUGGAACACUUUCAGACAGAAAGGUCCGAGAGUCACUGCCAACAAAGCUGUUAUUACAGAAUCUCAGUUCCAAUCAUACCAGGAGCAAUAAUCCAGAAAGUGAACUCUCGCAAAGGAUAAAUGUGAGCAGUAUAUAUGACGCAAGGAGUGUCUCAUCAUAUUCAUCUUCUAACAGCUCCACUGCAUCACGCACCUUCAUGAAUCGAUAAACAACUGUAUUGACUUAGUUUUAUUUAAAGUCAUUGAUUUUGCUGUUUAUGUUCUGAGAUAAAUACAUGAAGUAGUUUUUGGUUUUAUUAUAUAAUGCACUUUAAAUCAUGUUGUCAACAGUAUGUCUAUGAGCAGAUAAAUCUAGGGGACAAUGGGGCUAGUUGUCACAGUCUUUACUUAACACAGUAAUUUAUACAUAACUUAAAAGUCUUUGCUACACAAGAAAGUGCCACUAGUGCACUUUUAUGAACAAAACAGAAAAGAGCUUUCGGAAUAGAUGUUGGGGGGCAGUUAUGAUCUAAUGGUUAGAGAGUCAGGCUUGUAAACCGAAGGUCUCAGGUUUGAGUCUCACAGCUGGCAGGUUGUGACUGAGGUUACCUUGUGCAAGGCACAUUUUUCCGUUUUGCUCCCCAGUGAUAGCUGCCCACUGCUCUGGGUGCAUGUGUGUUCAUGACUUGCAAUGCAUGUGUUCACUACUUACUGGGAUUGGGUAAAUGCAGAGGUCACAUUUCGAAUAUGGGCUAAACACAUCAAGUUUACUUUCACUUUGAUACCAACAAACGAAAUGCAUUUAUGUAAUUGAACUUUCAACCCUCAAAUCAUUACUGUGACCUUGUGAUAACCUUGUUAACUAAAUCUCCAAUUCUAAAUCAAAUGUUGUGUAUUUUCUUAAAAUGUAUUUUUUUUACUGAAUUUUACAAAAUUUACUCAGAUUGGCAGUGCUAAUUUUUUAGGCUAGACUGAGGC